AUGGUCUACUACUUCACAUCGAACGUUGUAUCGCCCUCUGCCUUCAUUUAUGUCGGCAAAGACAAGUUUGAGAAUGAGGAUCUCAUCCAGUUCGGACUAGAGAAUGAUGUUUGGUAUGCUACUUCCGAUUUCCAUGUCGACAAUCUGUCAAGUGCACACGUCUAUGUACGCCUCCGUGAGGGUGAAACGUGGGACAAUAUCGCCCAGCCUCUGCUUGAGGACUGUGCCCAAUUGACAAAAGCCAACUCCAUUGAAGGCAACAAGAAAGACAAUAUCACUAUUAUUUACACACCGUGGUCAAAUCUUAAGAAAGAUGGGUCGAUGGCUGCCGGCCAAGUCACAUUCCACAACCACAAGUUGGUCCGCAAGGUCUACGUCAAGCAGCGCGAGAACCCCAUUGUCAACCGGCUUAACAAGACCCGAGUUGAGAAAUUCCCCGAUCUUCGUGCGGAGAAGGAGGAAGAUUCCCGGAGGAAGGCGCGCGGGGACCGCAAGGCUCGAGAUGAGCAGCGCGCGAAGGACAAGAAGCAGCAGCAAGAAUGGGAGCAGCUGAAGUGGCAAAAAGACCAUGCCUAUGAUGACAUGUUCACCGAUGAGAAUCUGGAGGCCAGCAAUAACCAAGACCGCGAUGAGGAUUUCUUGGAUGACUUCAUGUGA